AUGUUUGCAAGGAUACUCAGAUUAAUUUUCAUUCGGUUUCGACAAUGCAGUCUGGCCAGCUUGUUCGUCACAUUGGAAUCAACGGUUCCUGACACUCCGGUAGCUUACCAAGAGUUCACGGAGUUUCUUUACGACCUAUUUAACGGCAUCACCAACAUCACCGUUGGAACAACUGUCUUGCCUCUUAGGGAGAUCAAUGUGUUGAACCCCUCAGACGAAUCAUUGCAAUUAAACAUAACAGCCUCCACGAGUCUCUGCACAAUGUUCGAGAGCCUACACUCUAACAACAAUUACACAUGUCCAUUUAACGAAACUUUACCCUCGCCGUUAAUUCCUGCCUGCUUCAACGCAGUAGCGCCUGAUACAAGUACGCACGACAUCAACAUCAUCUUCAAUAGUUCAGAGACUGUACUAACAUCUACACUGCAAUUAGCUGUGUUGUAUACGCUCCAAGACUAUUUCAACAACAACACUGAGGGGUGUGCAAAUUUGACAAUAACAAACAUAUCUGUCUCCGACCUUUCUGUCCAUCUAUCUAUGAUGGUAAAAUCUGGAGAUAUUACACAAACAUCACUGGCCAGUGCGCUACUGAAUCUCGCGAGGCUGAACGAGAUACUGAAUAUACGUGGCAAUCCAACACCUGUACGUCAAAUUCGAAUUAUCAAACCGGAUGGAUCAGUGUUGACUGUAAACCCGGCAAGCAACCUCUGCACUGUCUUUGAACAAGUAAAAUCUUGCGAAAGUAACUUUGUGUGUAUUAACAGGAACAACAAAGCAUCUUGUUUAAUGUCUGAUACAGGAGACGAUCUUGCCGUGAUUAUCGGCCUUGGUGUAGGUGUUCCUGUAAUCUUACUUGUGAUGGCACUGCUAACAUUGAUGAUAAUAUACGCGAGACGACUGAAGAAAAGAAGAUAUCGUCGAUAUCAAAGAUCACCAGAGUACAGUGUGUUCACCACGGCUAUCAUACCGAAGUUCCAUAGCGUGGGACGACAACCGUACCAGCAUCCGGACCAAUGGAUGGACACGGAGUCUCUGUCCAGUGUCUCCAGCUCACCUAAGUCAACACGUAGGCUUGAUGAUGACACGUAUCCAAAAGGUCCAGCCUCUUCUCCAUUUUAUUUGUCAUCCUGGGAUAUCGUACACAACACUGGUGACGAGUUUAAGAUCCGUCGCCCAAAGAUACGACAAACACCUGAUGAAGUUUAUGUACGUUCUUAA